GUUGGAAAUCGUUUUGAAUCGAGAAGCGAUUCUGAAUCGAAUCUUGACCCCAAAAAUCGAAAUCGAAAUUGAAUCUUGAGAUACUGAAAGAUUCACACCCCUAAUUGUGACAACACUAUAUUACUUUACACAAACUCAUAACCUAAUUAGAAAGGACUCCUUAACUUUUUUGUCAUUGUGGGUUGAUUUGUUUUUAAUCUUUUAUGAUAUUACUUCUAAUAGGCAGAAUUCAGCUCACAUACCAAAGAUCUACAAAAUGCUGAAAGUGCUUCAAAAAAGCAUGCUGAAAGUGCUUCAUCUUUUCAUGCCAAUCAAAGACAUUCUCUGGAUCUGGAAACUCAUGAUAUAGAAACAAGGUCACAACAAAAUCUAGGUAAGUAAUGUUAUAGAUCAUCAACAUCAACAUUAUACAUUAAUGAUGGAAUAUGUCAACAUUAACAUCAUCUUAAAGAAAGGGUGCCAUCAAAACGUCAUCACCACGAGUGGCCUCAAACUAAAGAAGACUUUGACCACCAUGACUUUGUUCCGAUGGAAAAGCCUCAACAGACAUACUGUGAGGACUGGUAUAUCGGGGCUUGUACUCGAGCAGAUGCAGAACACGCCUUACACCUGGUAAACAAGGAUGGAGCAUUUUUGGUACGAGACUGCUCCGUCAACACCAACAGUGAGCCCUUGGUAUUGGCUGUGUACCAUGAGAAGAAGGUUUACAAUGUAAAAAUCCGGUUCAUCGAGAACAUUGGCAAGUACGUCCUGGGCACAGGACAACGAUCAAAUGAUAUGUUUGACUCUGUGGCCGACAUCAUCAAGUUUCACUCCAUAUUCCCAAUAAUACUCAUCAGUGGAAGAAGUAUGCCUGCAAGCAAAUACCCAGAAAACUGUGUGCUUACAUUUCCAGUAACGAGACGAGAUGUUGACCAGCUGCUGCAAUAACACCAGAACCAUUCCAGCAAAAAUAAUCUGUUCAAUUCCAUCUGGUUGUAACCCAAAAUAUCCACUUAUGUUUAACAUGAGCAUGCUAAGAAACAGCUUACUGUGUGUAAAAAUUGUUAAAGUGUUUGUGUCAAUAAAUAAACGUUUUAUCCAAAUCUGCAA